UGAAGUGACCGCCGGAGAGAUUGUGUUGAAGGUCGUGGCAGCUGGGGUGAUGCAGUGUACCUUGGGCAGUGAGAAGAUACCAACGUGCUCUCUCACUCUCCCUCAACCUGUGGCAGCAAACCAUAAUCCACUGACACUCCCCUAACUUCUCGACAGCUUAUCAAUUCUUGUCUGUCUGUCUUUCCUUCGACCCGUGGCAGUGUACUAAGUGUCUGUCUGUCUGUCUUUUGGCCCGUGACAGGUUAACGAAUCAUCCUCUGUCCUUUUCCUUGAACUGUGAGAAGCAUAUGAAGUUGGUUUCCACACAGCCUGCGACAACAUAUGUUAUCGUGUCUCCUCCCCACCUCUCCCACAACACGUGAAAGGAUAUCUGUCAUUAUACUCUCUUGUUUUGCUCCGAGAAGAGACUAAGUUACUGAUUCUCUCUUUCUACCAAUCAAUUCGUCUGUCUCCCAUGAUAUUAUCCCACGCUAAUUCUCUCCCCCAAAUUCGUCCACCGCCCCCAAACUGAAGUAACACUCAGACGGCUGUUAAGUGGUUGUCAGGACACACUCGUGAUACAAAGGACGAGAAGUACCACUGUUGUUUACCUCAGGAAACACUUGGAAAUGAUGAAAUAAACGAUUCGUAAAUUUGCAAAAAAAAAAUAAGGAAAUUCGCUCACUAAAGAAUUAAAUAUUGUAGCACAAAAAAGUAACUCAUUAAUAUCACAAGUGAACAAAAACUUGAAGGUGGGACAAACAUCCUCCCUGCAUGACCUAACGACUGAGGCGCCUGUCGUUGAUAAGUGUACGGUAGUGAGUUAGUGUGGAGGCCGCGAAGAUGAGCGCUGUAGCAGACUUUUACCGGGACCGGAGCGUCCUGAUCACCGGGGCCACUGGCUUCAUGGGGAAGGUGCUGGUGGAGAAGCUGCUCAGGUCCUGCCCAGGGCUUGUCUCCAUCUACCUCCUGAUGCGACCCAAGGGAGGCCAUGACGUUAAGGUCAGACUCGAGGAGCUCCUCAACUCUAAGCUGUUUGAUGAACUGCGGUCUACGUCACCAGAGGUGUUGAGGAAGCUAAAGCCAGUGGAGGGUGACAUCAUGUUGCCGGGCCUCGGGAUAUCUGUUGACAAUGCUGCCGCCCUCACCUCCACUGUCUCUGUCGUCUUCCAUGCCGCUGCCACUGUUAAAUUUGAUGAGGCACUUAAACUGUCACUCCAGAUGAAUGUCCUGGGCACAAAGCGCUUAGUGGAGCUUUGUCACAAGAUGACCAAGUUGGUGGCAGUGAUCCAUGUAUCUACGGCCUAUUGCAACUGUGACCGUGGUGAGGUGAAGGAGAUGGUCUACCCUCCGCCCAUCGAUCCCUAUAAACUCAUCCAACUCGUCGACUGGAUGGAUGAUGAGACGUUCAAUCAUCUCACACCCAAACUGAUUGGUUCACGGCCCAACACGUACACGUACACAAAGGCUUUAGCUGAGCAUGUCUUGGUUCAAGAGGCUGGAUCAUUGCCCUUAGCCAUUGUUCGGCCGUCCAUAGUUGCGGCAGCAUGGCGUGAACCUCUACCUGGUUGGGUUGACAAUCUCAACGGCCCUACUGGACUGAUCAUAGGCGCUGGGAAGGGCAUGCUGCGUACUCUCCACUGCCGAGGUGAACUUGUGGCUGAUCUUAUUCCUGUCGAUAUUCCAAUCAACCUUCUUAUAGUAACAGCUUGGCACACUGCUACUCGCAGACAAAGUGAACUGACGGUUUAUAACUGUGUGUCGGGGAUGGAGCGACCGGUGCGAUGGGGUGAGAUAAAUGAACAUGGGAUGGCGGCCUUGCGAAGGAAUGCCAUGAAUGAUGUGGUCUGGUACCCAAACCUGCGCUUCACUCAGCACAAGACUCUCAACACCAUCGCCGUCCUUGUGCAACACUGGCUCCCCGCAUACCUCAUGGAUGCUGCAUCCAAGCUUGCAGGCAAACGACCCAUCAUGGUGAGGAUUGCCCAGAAGCUUGACCGUGCUGCUGCAUGUUUAGAGUACUUCACUACACACGAGUGGUGCUUCUGUAAUGACAACGUGCAACAUCUGUGGUCAACCUUAUCUGAGGCUGAUCAACACACAUUCAAUUUUGCCCUCUCAGCCCUGCACUGGCCCACUUACAUGGAACAGUACUGUCUAGGCACAAAGCGGUAUGUCAUGAAAGAGGAACUCGCCACUCUGCCUUCUGCUCGCAAACACCUGUCAAAGAUGUGGUGGGUGCGACAGGCUUGGCGUGUGUUGGUGGUGCUGGUGGCAUGGCGGCUGGUGAUGCUCAAGAGUAGUGCUGCCCGGAGAGCCUGGUAUGGCCUUUUUAGGCUCUUGGUGAGGCUCCUCACCUACCUCCCACUCCUCAACAGGAUAUGAGGCACGCUGCCUUCUAGGAACUAUCUCUGCAUUGACAUUAUCUUGUCCAUUUGUCCACACUGUCUCUACUGGAGUUAUAUAUGCAUCCCAGAGAACACUGUGUGCACAAGCUGUUGCAUCUCCUCCAGUGGUGACAGUCAACUCUGCAGCCAUGACUGUUACGUUAACUGUGGCCUUCAAGGUAACAUUUUUGACAGCAGCAGCAUGCGUUAUUACCUGUUUGUGACCUCCAAGUAAACAGUUGUAGGAGGGUAAUAAACAUGGCUCAUUUGAGCUUGUGGAUCUAUACCACCUGCAUUCCUGUGGCAAAAAAUGCAUGUGGUGACGGGGCUUCGCUAUAUCACCAGCAAUAAUAUCCACACCUCGACAUUGCCACUCUAUCAACCUCUGUUGAGUUUGAUCUCCUGGUGUAGGUCAUAGUGACGUCAUGACAUUCACUGCUGUUGGGAAGUGUCAUGACGUACUUGGUUAGGCCAAAUGAUAUAGGACAGGGUAGUGUCAUGACUUCACUGUGAAGGGUCCUGAUGUACACUGGGGUAGUCAUGACAAACUCACUUUUUCUAGUCUCCUGAUUUAGGAAAGGUCAGUGUCAUGAUAUACUCACUGUCAGGUCUCCAGUAUAGACCAGUGUAGUGUCAUGAAAUUCCCAAGUAAUCAACUUGCCAGAAUCAAGGCUAGUGUGGAGGACUCCACAUAUUGCUGAGUCCAUUACCUACUUUGAUCUCUUUGGAGAUGAAUACUUAAAAGUAGAUUAAAAACUAGCAAAAAUUUAGGUUGAAAGUAAUGUAUAUAUAUAUAUAUAUAUAUGGAUCCAAUGCAAGUCGGUUGUAGUGCAUGGAAACUUAUGAUCUCCCAAGGAACUUGUUAUUUAUAAGUGUGUCUCAGUGACCAGCGCAGCCACAUUUCUUCAAUGUGGAGCCAGAGGAAGCCUACCAAUAAUCCAUUAUUCAUUUUGGUGAAUGGCUCAACCAUUUUACCAAAUUAAAAAGUCUUCAAAGGUUUUACUAAAAGGAUUCACUCUGAAUAUUAUUUUCCUCUGGCUGAACACAAUUUGGAAUAUGGCUUCAUUUACUUUUGUUAUUAUUUAUUAUUAAUAUUAAUUUGCAAGUAAGGGUCACUGAUUACCAUUUAAUAAUUUUCGUACAAGAUAAUGUGACGCACAAAGUUUCAACACGUCCCCAGGAUCAUUUGCAAACUAAGCAACAAUCACUGCUUGAAGAAAAGUAUACGUACGCCUUCAGUGAAGAAUUAGCGAAUGUGAUAAGGCAGGUGGUCAUAUGAAAAGCUGUUGCUGUGUUACAGGAUAUAUAAUUAUUAAUUAGUGAGUAUCAGUUGGUAUUUCACAAUUCACAAGUGGGAGAAAAUGUUCCUCAGUAUUGAAGAUAUUAUUCUGAACUAACUAAAUUUAAAUAUCACUCUUAUGGGAUGGGAUAAGAACAACUAUGCUUGGGCCUUGUAGCAUUCUAUAUAAUCAUCAAAUCUCAGACAAGAAAACCUAAAUGGAGUUAAAGUUUAUUGGAAAAUUAUAAAUAGCUUCUUAGAAUGAACACUUUACUCCUUCCUUUUCAGCUUCAAGUUAUAGAAACUUAUCAUCAGCUUCUUAGAGCACUGGAAAUUCAUCAUUCAUUUCCUGCAAGUUUUUCUUAGUUCUCUCCAAGUUCCAGCUACUGACUUUUAAGGUGUAAUGUUCUGGAGUUUAUACAAUAUGUUUACACCUUGAUUCAUGGAGAACUAUUGCUUAGUGUUUCUGCUUUUUGAAAUUUCAAAUUACUUAAACUAUUGUGUUUAUUUGAACUUCCAAAUCACCAUUACUUUAUUUUGGGCUUGAACUUUUAAAUUCUUAAAACCCAAACUUUAAAAAAAAAAUUUUUUUAAUUGUCUGUGUACCUGAACUUUGUUUCUUUUUUUAUAUUUGCAACUGUAUUUGAGCUCUUAGAUUUCCUAACCCAACCCUUGUACUUGACUUGCCAUCUUUGUGCUUGUUCAAAUUUUUAACCUUCAAAUGGUUGAAAGGGAUACAAUAUAAGUUUUCAGAAUUAAAAUUCAAGUCGGAUCUUGUUUUAAUUUGUAGAUUUUUGUAUGGUUAUUGAAAUCUCUUCAAAACUCUACAGUAUUUUAGUUCAAAUAGACCUUGUUUGUACAGUAAGAGAGGCACCAUAUAAUUCAGGUGAAUGAAAACAGUGUUCUGGAAAAUCUAAGGUUGAUUGAAAAAAAUAAUAAUAUUUUUUUAAUUUUCAGUAUUUGAAGGUUUAAGAUACAGUACAGUAGUUGUGUGAUGACCAUUAUAUUAUUAGGCUAUAUAAAGGAUUUUAUGCUUUGAGCAGGUUUCUAGUCUCAUUCGCCGUCCUUUGACACGACAAUUACAAUACUGUACUGCAUAACUCUUCUUACCUACGAUAUAUACUGUACCUAUAAUGCAGAUGCUUCAGUUAUUCUCAGCUAUAGUCUUUUCACCACCUGUUGCCACCUACCUCAUAUAUUUAUGAUGAUUCCACCAUAAGUUUUUAUUUUUAUUUUUUUAUAUCGCCUCAUCUGUUACUAAUUAAUUUGAACAAUACUUCUAUGAUGUUCUUCGUCUUUCCAUUCUAACUCAUUUCAUAUUUUCUUUCUUCAUUGCACAAGUCUUUAUUAGCGUCUUACCAAGUUAAGGCCAUAUGGAAUGAAUGAAUAACUUAUUUGAAGUCUCCUCAAAUCAUGUCUUGUAAUAAUAUUGUGAAAUAAUUUUUUUCACAGUGAUGAAAAUUGUAAACUGAACCUAAUGCAUGGCUAUCCUUGGAGUGUGUUUAUAACCACUGACUACACAAGUAUAUUUACCCUGGAAUGCACAAAAGAGAUUUCUUUUCUGAGGAGUAUUACUGUAUUUAUUUUGUUUUUGUUACAUAAAUCUGUUAGUUAUUUUGCUUGUUAUUGACAAACAAUGCAUUAACUGUACUGUACUUGAUUCUGGGUAAGGAGACCAUGGUAUUAUGUGCUUCGAGUAUCCUGCAAUAUUCAUUCCUCACGGAGGCGUAUCCUUGCAUCGUUCAGAUCAAAAGGUAACAAUACCGUGCACGCCAUCAUACAAGUUUUGUAUAUACAGUACUAAUAUUAAGAUAGGUACCAUCGAGGUUGUACUCAUGGAUUAUAAUUAUGCUUACAAGAAACAUGUUCUUAUGAAUGAUGAAACAUAUUGAUACAUUAAGGAAUGGCCUUUCUAUGGAUAGUGUAUUUGUUUUGGAGGAAUGUUGUGACAGAGUUCACGAUUCACCAAAUAUUAUGUUAUGGGCGAGACACUUGUAUAUGCAUGACAUAUGUACUCAUGUAAGAAGGUUGACUGCUGUGUAUAGUCUGACAUUGUUUUAAUAUUUCUCUGUAAACGCACAAGUACUUUGUUAUUGGAAGAUGAAAACCUUUGUGUGAAUGGUUAAACUUGUUGGUUAUACUGUAGGUGACACAUUUGUAUAUCUUCUUCCUCUAUUAUUUCAUCAGUUGAGGUUUUUCAAGGAUGAGAUCCACUAAUGUUUAUUUCUAGUGCUUAAUUUUUUAAGUAAUAAGAAUGGUAGAGACUCGGUUGAAGUUGAAAUCAGGAUUGAAUCCUUGAUGUGAUGUAUAAGAGUGAUGAUUUGUUUACAGCAUUUAAUUUAUGUGGAUAAGAUAAGUAAGAUGGACUAAGUUAAGAUUUGGGAGAUAACUUGUGACCUUCAUGAGUGACGUGACCUUUACAAGUGACAGGUGAAGUGAUCAUAAGGCGAGUGUAGUGAAGGUGUCCUGGUUAACUGAACUAGAGGUGGCUAGAGGCUGUCCUUCACACCACCUCACUUUUAAGUUCAUUGCAUUCCUAUAUUUUGCUCUUUCCAAUAAUGGUUGUUUAUUUUAUAUAUUUCAGUUUCACAAAUGAUUUAUUCACUAUGUAGUUUCUGGUUCAGUUGGUGAUAACAAGAGUGUACUUCUCAAAAUAUAUUUUUGGUGCUUCAGGUGCAAAAUAUUUUAAGGUCUUUUCUUUUUUCACUCAUCUGCUGUGUGAGCUUGUAUUGUAGGCAGUGUUUUCUAUCUAAACCUGCAUUGCUGUGGUACAUUGAUGUAGGUGACCAUCAUCUAUAGUAUACAGUGAUUCCUUGACAACUGUGGGGAUUACACUAUGAUGCCCGAGACAUGCCUAAAUUCGUAUACAGGUAUGUAUGUAUGAGUUCAAGUUGCAUCCUUUUUUACUCUUUUAUUAUACAGAAACUAUAAAAAUUUUUGUGUAGUACAUCGUGUUUCCCUGCAAUGCUGCUUCAUUCUGCAUUCCUCCCCAACCUCUACAGGCCACAAUAUGCAAUGGAGACACAAAGGAAGGUUGCUACACUUGCCACAUGCAAGUUGAUUAUGUAAUUUUACUUUAUUUUAAUGACAUUACUUUUCGGGCAUCUUUGGAGUAGCACCACUCACAUCACUAGAUUUUUGUUUUGAAGUCUUAUUUCUGAAGGAAAAAAGUUUGUUCAAAGGUUCAUCACAGAGAUAUUCUUGGGGUGAGUGCUGUGAAAAAGAGUGAAGGAUGAGCAAGUAUGGUGAAGGCAGGGGUAACCGUAAGCUCAUUUGCACACGGCUCAAGGCAUUUCAAUCACAACCAUUAAGGCUAAUGACGGGAACCCUGCAGUUCUGUUGAACUGGGCAAGAAAUUCCUUUGGUAGCCAUAGAAACUUGCUAAAAUAAUGCAUAACAAAAAAAAGGGAAUAUUCUAAACCUCAGAUGGUAACCUGCAGUUGGUGGGGAUUACUGUACAGGCAUUGGGGAUCUGUUCAACUUAGGCAACUACUCCUGGCAGGCAGUUUGCUGCUCUCUUUGUGUCUCUGUUUCUUGUAUUUCAUCGCUUUAUUGAAUUUUGCCCAUCAUAAGAACCCGUACAGUAUUCAACUUUAGAAUGAAAAAAAAAAAGUCCUGAGUUCAGCUUCUUAAUAUCACCUGCUUAUUAUCAGCUACUGAACACUAUUUUUUUGUUAUAAGAAUAGAUCCUAGUGGAUAUCAUGCUCACAGUAACCUGGAAACAAAAUUUUGCAUUAAUGAAGUUCUAAUAUGUAUACUGUACUCUGUGAUGUUUGAUGAUACUAGAUUGAUCAUUCUAAAGUUUGUACAGAGCCACAGCACUUACUGUACCACAGUAUUGGUAAACUCUCUUCUGGUAAUUAUUAAUGUCCAUUACCAUCAGUUUCUUGAUGACACAUACACUUCAUGGGAUCCAAUAGUUAAUACUGUAUAACUAUGUUCACUUGUGUAAGAUAUAUAUAAAUUUUUCAUAUUGGUAGCUAUCCUCAUGUUUGAUUGGAAUUGGUUAAAAUUUUAUGAUUGUCUCUUAGUACAGUACAGUAUUCCAAACUGGUUUAUUACCAAAUUAUUACCCUAUAUUCAUUCAAGGUGUGAUUUUUGUUAAUGUAUGUGACUAGAAAAAAUAAAUCAUAUGAAGAUAUUAUAUAAACUGUUUGUUGUUGACUAUUUGAUGGGUUUAUAACUUGCUACCUGAAUGUUUUCAUUUUAUAUUCAUGUGAUAUUACUUAAUAUCAUUUGCAUCUGUCAGUCAUGGUAACACUUUGCUGUCCUUAGGUAUGUAAAAAAAGAAAUAUUUUACUGUACUAAUGAAAUCCGAUUAUUUAUUGCUUCAUCCUUACCAACACUAACAGAUUCCUCCCUCACGGGGCCAGCAGUAGGUGGCUACGUUGGUGAAAAAGUGCCUCCAUAUAUUGAGGACUUAACAUAAUGUAUGUGUUGAGUGGGCCUUGUGUAAGUGCCACUCUUAAAGUAGUUCCAGUUUUUAUUUCUUUUUUACAUGUUAACACCUCCAGGUGAGUGGUAAUUGUCUUGCGUGGUGAGAGACUGUAAGAAGCUACUAUGUAGUGUGUUGAGGUCAACUUUUAGUUAUUCCUCUGCAGCCAACCACAUCAACAAUCAUGAUAAAAUUGUGACGUCAUGUGUAAUGUCAUCAGCUUGUCAAACCUUGUUAGCUAUUCUCCAUAGUUCCUCCGUCAGUGAUGAUUGGUAUUGUGUGUUGGUUUCCGCAUGCGCUGUGGGCCGCGCAGGCGCCGUCUUUGGCUUUGUAUUUGCAGGUGUUUAUUUUUGUACACUACCAUGUUGAGCCAGACAUUGUGAUCCUUUGUACACAUCUCAGUCCUUACAUCCAUCUUCUCGAAUAAACCAUCAUAUGA